UCAUUUCCGAUUUAGGUUCACCUGUGUGCGCUUCUUCUCUCUCUUUCUCUUUCUUCGACCUUCCGAAUUCCGAUCAUGGUGUUUCUGUUGUUGCAAAUGUAACAUCAUCAGUUGAGAGAGUGGCCACACUGUAAACCCUAAACCCCCAAAAUUAUGUAUCCACAUCAGCAGCAGCAGCAGAUGCAACAUUUCUAUCCAUCUUCAAACCCAUUCCUUUGGGCUUCAGAACCUUCUAUUCACCCUCCUGGAACCGACCCAGUUCCCAAUUGCAGCUCCUAUCUUUCAAAUUCAACCCUUUCCGUUGCUCCUUCUUACUCUUAUGCUGCCCCACAAUCAACUGAUCCUCAGAAUUGGAUCGUUAAACAACCUGAAUCCGUUGGAUAUGAUGCUGCUGUUGGAUCAUCAUCAUCAAUGUCUUCAAGUUUGCCUUUGACUUACGACGGCACAUGGUUACAGCAAAUUUUCACUCAUGAGACGGCUAACCAAACCAAAGGCUCCAAAUCAAUGAGAUGUGAAGUUUGCAAAAUCGAUUGUAAUAGCAAAGACGUUUAUGAAAAGCACAUAUUUGGAAAGAAACACAAGAAGAAUAUGCAGAUAACUGCUAAUCCCAUGCUAGCGAAUGUACAAAGUCAAACAAGUGUAUGCAGCGAGGUAAAGAAACGGAAGCUUUCAAAUGGUGGUGCACCCGUUGAUUCUACGAAGGUUUGCACAAUUUGCAACAUUGUGUGCAACAGCCAGGAUGUAUAUAACAAACAUAUAGCAGGAAAAAAGCAUGCGGCUCAGGUUGCGUUGAUGUCCAACAACGGGAUUGGUCCAUACAUUGCUGCAUUUAAGAGUCAAGGUAUUGGUCCUUGGAAAAAAGCACCAAAGAAGGUCAAGGUUAUGCAACCUGUAUGGUGUGACACUUGCAAGGUUACUUGUAAUAGCAGGGAUAUGUAUGUUUCACACUUAGCGGGGAAGAAACAUCUCAAAAACUUGGAGAAACAGUCAAAACCAGAAGCCAGUGCAAAUGCCACCAAACUGUUAAUUGGCCCGCAGGAAAAGCCGAAUACUGAUAAAGUGAAAUCGGAGGAAAAGCCGGAUACCGAUAAACCAAAAGCAAAGAAGGCUAAGGACUUGGAUAUGGAGGCAAAGAAGCUCAAGGUUGUAGAAGGUGGCACUGCUGCAGAUUCUGUUAGGACGUGCACUGCUUGUAAUGUUGUAUGCAACAGCGAGACAGUUUUCAAUGCUCACCUUGCUGGCCAUAAACAUGCUGCUAUGGUGAAGAAGCAAAAUUUGGAGUCAAAUGGGACAACUGCUAGCUGAGAUUAUUAAUUUAUUAGUGCCAACAUGUGAUCAAAAUUUGUAGAGCUAAUACUGUGAUCACUGUUUUUUGCUUGUCAUUUCAAUUUCAAAGUCUUUGAUCUGGCAUUGUAUUGUAUAGCUUCUUAGGGCGUACUUUUAUGUUUGGAUUGGUGGAAGGAGAUGGAACAAUAGAGUUCUCAAAUCUUCUUUAUCCUAUUACAUUUUGUCAACCAUACUCUGUUUGACAUUUCUGAGUUUAAACUGACAUUACCAUCUAAUUCAAAACAA